AUGAUGAUAGCUAUAAAUAUCGUGCAAACCGGAAAUAUCAAUGCAACAAUUAAAGCAAUAUUUCAUAAUCAUGAUUUCAUUAAAACUUCAAAAGACUCAAUUCAGCAAGGAAAAAGGUUUGGAAUUAUACUUGAUAGAACCAAUUUCUAUGCAGAACAAGGUGGUCAAACAUAUGACACAGGUUCAUUGACCAUUGAUGGACAGGCAGAAUUUGUGGUAGAGAAUGUGCAAGUUUAUGGUGGAUAUGUUUUACAUGUUGGAUAUUUGAAAUAUGGCAAUUUAUCUGUUGAUGAUUCUCUACGUCGUUGGCCGAUUAGAAACAAUCAUACUGCCACUCAUAUAUUAAAUUUUGCUUUACGUGAAGUUUUUGGUACUGUCAUUGAUCAGAAAGGUUCUUUGGUUGCACCAGACAAGUUAAGAUUUGACUUUUCACUAAAGAAAGGUGCAACAAAUGAUGAAAUAAAACGAGUUGAAGAAAUUUCAAAUCAAUUUAUUAAAAACAAUAAAAAAGUAUAUUCUAAAGAUGUUUCAUUACAAGUUGCCAAAGCAAUUCAUGGACUUCGUGCAGUAUUUGGAGAAGUUUAUCCAGAUCCAGUAAGGGUUGUUUCGAUUGGUUAUGACAUUGAUGACAUUAUAAAAGAUGUCUCAAACCCAAGAUGGAAUGAUACCUCAAUAGAAUUCUGUGGUGGAACUCAUGUUGCAAAAACAGGAGAUAUAAAAGGUUUUAUUAUAUUAGAAGAAUCAGGUAUUGCUAAAGGAACUCGUAGAAUUGUUGCUGUUACAGGUGAAGAAGCUCAACAAGUAAUUAUAAAUUUCAUUAAAGUUUUUGCAAUUAAUAUAAUAAUAGUAUGA